AUGUUUGUGGUACACUUGAUGGCGUUUUACUUCAGCAAGCUGAAGGAGGAUCAGAUCAAGAAGGUGGACAGGUUCCUGUACCACAUGCGGCUCUCUGAUGAGACCCUUUUGGACAUCAUGGCUCGCUUCCAGGCUGAAAUGCAGAAGGGCUUGGGGAAGGACACCAACCCCACAGCCUCUGUGAAGAUGCUGCCCACCUUUGUCAGGGCCAUUCCAGAUGGCUCAGAAAAUGGGGAGUUCCUUUCCCUGGAUUUUGGAGGGUCCAAGUUUCGCGUGUUGAAGGUGCAAGUCUCUGAAGCGGGGAAAAGAAAGGUCCAGAUGGAGAGUCAGUUCUACCCAACACCCAAUGAAAUUAUCCGAGGGAAUGGCUCAGAGCUGUUUGACUACAUCGCUGACUGUCUGGCAGAUUUCAUGAAGACAAGGGGGUUGAAGCAUAAGAAAUUGCCCCUUGGCCUAACCUUCUCUUUUCCCUGCAGACAGACUAAACUGGAAGAGGGGAUCCUGCUUUCAUGGACCAAGAAGUUUAAGGCACGGGGAGUUCAAGACACAGAUGUAGUGAGUUGUCUGACCAAAGCCAUAAGAAAACACAAGGACAUAGAUGUGGACAUCCUGACCUUGGUCAAUGACACCGUGGGGACCAUGAUGACGUGCGCCUAUGAUGAUCCCUGCUGUGAAGUUGGUGUCAUCAUUGGCACUGGUACCAAUGCAUGUUACAUGGAGGACAUGAACAACAUCGACCUGGUGGAAGGCGACGAGGGGAGGAUGUGCAUCAGCACGGAGUGGGGGGCCUUCGGGGACGACGGGGCUCUGGAGGACAUCCGUACCGAGUUCGACCAGGAGCUGGACCUCGGCUCUCUCAACCCCGGGAAGCAGCUGUUUGAGAAGAUGAUCAGCGGCCUGUACCUGGGCGAACUUGUCAGGAUCAUCCUGCUGAAGAUGGCCAAGGCAGGUCUCCUGUUUGGUGGCAAGAAGUCCUCUGCUCUCCACACUAAGGGCAAGAUUGAAACACGGCACGUGGCUGCUAUGGAGAAGUAUAAGGAAGGCCUUGCCAAUACAAGAGAGAUCCUGACAGAUCUGGGCCUGGAGCCUUCGGAGGCCGACUGCAUCGCCGUGCAGCACGUCUGCACCAUCGUCUCCUUCCGCUCGGCCAACCUCUGUGCCGCGGCCCUGGCCGCCAUCCUGACACGCCUGCGGGAGAACAAGAAGCUGGCGCGGCUCCGGACCACGGUGGGCGUGGACGGCACACUCUACAAGAUACACCCUCAAUACCCAAAGCGACUGCACAAGGUGGUGAGGAGACUGGUCCCGAACUGUGAUGUCCGCUUCCUCUUGUCGGAGAGUGGCAGCACCAAGGGGGCUGCCAUGGUGACCGCGGUAGCCUCCCGUGUACAGGCCCAACGGAAGCAGAUCGACCAUGUGCUGGCUCUGUUCCGGCUGACUCGAGAGCAGCUCAAGGAUGUGCAGGGCAAGAUGCGGACAGAGUUCGAGAACGGGCUGAGAAAGGACACCCACCUGACGGCCACGGUCAAGAUGCUGCCCACCUACGUCUGCGGGAUGCCGGAUGGCACAGAGAAAGGAAAGUUCCUGGCCCUGGAUCUGGGGGGAACCAACUUCCGGGUCCUCCUGGUAAAGAUCAGAAGUGGACGGAGGUCGGUGCGAAUGUACAACAAGAUCUUUGCCAUCCCCUUGGAGAUCAUGCAGGGCACCGGCGAGGAGCUGUUCGACCACAUUGUGCAGUGCAUCGCCGAUUUCCUGGACUACAUGGGCCUCAAGGGAGCCCAGCUGCCUCUGGGCUUCACGUUCUCCUUUCCCUGCCGACAGACAAGCAUCGACAAGGCAACACUCAUUGAGUGGACCAAAGGCUUCAAGGCCACUGACUGUGAAGGGGAAGACAUGGUGGACAUGCUCAGGGAAGCCAUCAAGAGGAGAAAUGAGUUCGACCUGGACAUAGUUGCAGUUGUGAAUGACACAGUGGGGACCAUGAUGACCUGUGGCCAUGAAGAUCCUAAUUGUGAGAUUGGCCUGAUUGCAGGAACAGGCAGCAACAUGUGCUACAUGGAGGAGAUGAGGAACAUCGAACUGCUGGAGGGGGAUGAAGGGAAGAUGUGCAUUAACACAGAAUGGGGGGGAUUUGGAGAUAAUGGCUGCUUAGAUGACAUCCGGACCCAGUAUGACAAGGAGGUGGAUGAGGGGUCCUUGAACCCUGGCAAACAGAGAUACGAGAAAAUGACCAGUGGGAUGUACCUGGGGGAGAUUGUGCGGCAGAUCCUGAUUGACCUGACCAAGCAGGGUCUCCUCUUCCGUGGGCAGAUUUCAGAGCGUCUCCAGACCAGGGGCAUCUUUGAAACCAAGUUCCUGUCUCAGAUUGAAAGCGAUCGGUUGGCCCUCCUCCAGGUCAGGAGGAUUCUGCAGCAGCUGGGCCUGGACAGCACAUGUGAGGACAGCAUUGUGGUGAAGGAGGUGUGCGGAGCCGUGUCCCGGAGGGCGGCCCAGCUCUACGGUGCCGGCCUGGCUGCCAUCGUGGAGAAAAGGAGGGAAGACCAGGGGCUAGAGUACUUGAACAUCACUGUGGGAGUGGACGGCACCCUGUACAAGCUGCACCCUCACUUUUCUCGGAUCUUGCAGGAAACUGUGAAGGAACUGGCUCCUCGAUGUGAUGUGAAGCUCAUACUGUCAGAAGACGGGAGUGGAAAGGGAGCCGCUCUGAUCACUGCUGUGGCCAAGAGGUUGCAGCAGGCCCAGAAGGAGAACUAG